CUUUUCUUUUGCUCAGUCAUUUAUUGUGACGUAAUCUUAAUCAACUGCUUGCCAUCACCAUCUUUUGAUAUUCAACAAUUUAUACGCCAACCCAACAAUGUACAACCUCAGUUCAUCAAAAUCUGAAGAUGGCGUAAGUGGUCCUUCCUCAAGCAAUACUCUUUCAGAUCGGUCAAGUAAACGAUCAAAUGUACGCAAAACCAGAAAUGUACCCAUCAAAAGCAUACCAGAUUUACGAUUUGAACAAUCUUAUUUAGCCUCAAUACGUGGAUUCAUACACGAAGAAGAUGAUCAAAAAGCCAGAUUGAUGAAAAGCUCCCAAUGGAACGAUUCGGAAGUCAAAUCGCAAAUUGAAGGGGAAAGUAAAAAUUCUGAUUCGAACCUCUUAGAUAUAACAACGACAAGAUCAUCGCAUGGGGAACCAGAACUUUGGAUUGGAAGAUUGCGAAUUGAAUGGUUUCCUCUACUUUAUCUCACUUUACGCGAUCAACUUCUUUCACCAAUCGUUCAAGGAGCGGUAUUUGGUAUGGCAGGCUUAGCAUAUGGACAAUUCAGGAGCUUUUUGAUCACUCGCAGGAAUGUCAAUCGUCAAACCAGAAAUUAAUUUGUAUUUUUAAUCAUCUAGAGACAAAAAAACAUUUGUACUUUUAUCCAAGCCGCCUUCCUUCUUGUAUCAAAUAUCAUAUCUUUCUCAGAGCUACAUCCUUUCGGCUUUCCAACAAUGACUUCAUCCAUUAUUGGUACAAAUAAAAGAUUCACAGCAAAAUGAUCUUCUCAAAGAUGCUUUUGGCCCUCUGUCCGUUGAACAUGAUCGAAACUCUCCUCAGCGGAAAGUGGUCCUUACAAUUGUCUCUCGCGAACUAUGGUUGCCAUUGCGCUUCUAAUCGUUCUUCCA